AUGACGAGGGCAUUGUGGAAGAGCGAGAAGACGGAAAAGAUCUGCACCAAUCGCGUGCACAAUCGACAGGUGACUGAGCUGAAUGAGCCUUUCAGAUGGAGGGGGAAAUCUGUCAUCUAAGCGUGCAAGAAUGUAGUAGGUGCCAGGCGGUUUUCCUGGUGAGUCAUCAGCAGCAUCAAGCAUAAAGCCAUAGCUGAUGAGAAUGAAAAGAAGCUGGAAAAGCUGAAAGCAUAGAGGGAGAAAAUUCAGGAGUUGCUGGAGAUGGUAUGCAAAGCUGUCCUGGCCCUCCAAGAUAAGUUCUUAACCAAGAACUGCAGUGAUAUUAAAUGCAAACAUGAAGUCCUUUAUCUACAAUUGAAAGAUGAUUAUUACCACUAUUUUGGCCAAAGUGCUACAGUGGUGAAGAAAGCAAUUGUGGUGGAUGCAUCAGAGACUGCUUACAAGGACGGCUGUGAAAUGAGCAAGGAGCAGGCGCAACCCAUUCAUCCCAUCCAGUUGGGGCUAUCACUCAGCUUCUCUGUCUUCUACUAUGACAUGCCCCUGAGCUGGCCUGUCUUCUUCCAAACAAAUCUUGGGUGAUGCCAUAGUAGAGUUGGACACAUUGAGUGGGGAUUCCUCCUCAUUCAGCUCUUUUGAGAUAACCUCACUUUAGACAACUGACCAGCAGGGUGAGGAAGCCUGGGAGGGCACCAUCCAAAGAGCUCGUGGAUCCCAGCUUUCCGUCAAUUCUCGCCUCAUGGCCAUUAUUCAGUAUCCUUUGCCAUGGGUGCACUGCGCAUCUAGUGCUCAGCAUAACCAUGUUGUUGGCACAGCUGUGAGGUUGGCCAAAUGUGCUGCUGCAGGAACAUUGCUGGACUAAAUCGCUGUAUGGUUUAGCAUAGUGGCAUAUUUAUUGUGCAGAAAGAACCCCAAAAGAAAUUAUCUUAAUUUCAUUUAAUACAUAAGAGUUUCUAAAAUAAUGGAAAUUAUUGAGGAGAAUGGAUCAGAAGCAAGAUUUUUUAAAUUUCCAUUUGGAAGGAGCUGUGUCCGCUCAGCAGGUCUUCCACCGUGAACAGUGAAUAGAAAUCAAUCUAAGCAGGAGUGAAUGGAUCUUAUCCUCCACAUUUAUUGCCAUAUGUAAGAUUUUAUGAUCUGUGUUUGCCUUUUGUGUGCACAAACUUUCUGGAGUGAUACACCUUGAGGUUUUGCCUUUGAUAUACGUAUGUGGG